AUGGCUCUACUUGCAAGGUUAACGGUCAUCAUCCCUCUGGUUCUGAGCGCAAUAGGAUUGAUCCUUGCGGCUCUUUCACUGUCUGCUGGCCACAAGGAAGGCUUCAUGGAGGAGUACGCGCUUGCGAGGGUCAACGUCUCUCGAAUUGGUUACGAUCUUAUCAAGGCCAGCGACACUGAUGGAAAAAAUAACGACAGUGGUGGUUUUCUUGAUAUCAUUAAAGAUCUAUGGGAUGAUGCGAAGCAUGCGAUAAUUGAUAAACUCAACGACCUCAUUGGCGGCGCCGUCGACGAGGUGGCUGACAAACUCGGCAUCUCGGAUUGGUACUCAGUUCAUGUGAUGAAUGGGUACCGUCUGGAUCUCGAAACCAUCAUCAACAACCAGCUCAGUCUGGGGCCCUUCGAUAUCAAGCUGCCUGACUUGGGUUGGACUGAUGAUAUCCAAGCCAACCUUGAUAGUCUUAACGAGGCCCUUCUUGGAUUUUUCGUCCUCUACGUGCUGGGGAUAACCUUUUGCGGACUCAGCAUUCUCAUUUGUUUGGCCGCCUUCGCCAAGCCAGAACACAAGAAGGUGGUCUUAUCAGCAGUGUCUAUCAGCCUCAUCGCUGCUAGUGUUCUAGUUGCGGCAAGCAUAAUUGCUACAGUGAUGACGACGAAGGGCAUCGAUAGGAUGAAUCUCCUAACCAGGCAUAUUGGUGUUGAGGUCCAGGGCGGCCAUAAGUUCCUUGGUCUCACAUGGACCAGUGCAGUGGCUAUAUUGCUGGCUUUAAUGUUCUGGGGCACCAAAUACCUCAUCAUCAGGAAGGGGAGGGAUACCCCCGUGGCGAGUGCCAAGGUCUGA